GCAAUGGAAAUUGCGCAGAGUAGCGGCGCCGUGUCCACAGGCGAGCCGACCGUACUGCGAGCAGACGUGUCCUAGCCACCGUGCGACGCUCGCGUGCCGCAGCGGACCCGACGUGCGUGUCUAUACUAUACAAAACUUACGAAAACAAAGUGCUAACCAACAAAAAAAUCCCAAAAAAACACCAGUUUUUGUGAUAACCUCACCGACAAAUAGUGCAGCCGUGCGUUUGCUAUAAACAGCGAUUUGUUUACGAAUGCCGCGAGAUUUGCGUAUAUUAUAAAGGUUAAGUUUGUUGAACUUACAUUUCGCGGCACGGGCCGGCUUCAUGACGUCACAUGGAGUGCACCGCUAAUUAGAUUAGAUACGCUAAGCUAGUAUGUAAUGUACACGGAGGGAGCAACCAGCACGAAAUAAACCAAAACAGUGGCACAUAAGAAACAUAAAACAAUGUAUAAGUGACCGAACACAUCCAUAUCAAAACAUAUCACAGUGUAACCGAACAGUGUAUAAUCAUAUCGAGUGUUAGUGUAAAUUGAGUGCUAUAAGUGUUGGAAUAAGAGUGAAAAUUGCGUGAAAAUGUCUGAACGGUUUAAGGUGACGAAGUUUGAGGAGCCCUCGGGCAAAACGUACAAGAAUUAUGGAGCUACGUCUGCUGAGAGCGACGUGGAGCUGAAAGGAAAGCUGCUUCCAGACUCAGACCGGGCUGAAAUCCGAGCAAUAUCGUCAAAAGGUGAAACCGACGAGCAUGGCCUACCCACAGAAAAGGACAAAGGAUGCGACACCAACCUGUACCUCUACCAUGAAGAGUUGGAAGACCGGCCCCGAGCGGCCACCUUCCUCAGUUCGCUGGCGAACUACUCGAACACGAUCCCGACGGCGUCGGCUGCAGACCCUGACGUGAAGCCGGCGCCCCCCGCCCGCAUGGGCACGCUCAUCGGCGUCUACCUGCCUUGCAUCCAGAACAUCUUCGGUGUCAUCCUCUUCAUCCGUCUCACGUGGGUCGUCGGAACCGCUGGCGCUAUACAAGGAUUCCUGAUCGUGCUUGUUUGUUGUUGUACGACAAUGUUGACUGCCAUCUCGAUGUCUGCGAUCGCGACGAACGGCGUGGUGCCGGCAGGCGGGUCGUACUUCAUGAUAGGACGCGCGCUGGGCCCCGAGUGCGGCGGGGCGGUCGGCAUGCUGUUCUAUACAGGCACCACGCUCGCAGCCGCCAUGUAUAUCGUCGGAGCUGUUGAAAUUGUUCUGACGUACAUGGCGCCGUGGAUGUCGAUCUUCGGGGACUUCACGAAAGACCCCGAGGCGAUGUACAACAACUUCCGCGUGUACGGCACCGGGCUACUUCUCAUCAUGGGCAUGGUGGUGUUCGUGGGUGUCAAGUUUGUGAACAAGUUCGCCACCGUUGCCUUAGCUUGUGUCAUCCUCUCCAUCACUGCGGUGUACGUCGGUAUCUUUGUCAACUUCAAUGGAAACGAUAAGUUGCAGAUGUGCGUGUUAGGCAAGCGCCUGCUAAAAGACAUUAACAUCAAUAACUGCACGAAGGAGAUCGGAGCGCCGUUGCAUCAGCUCUUCUGCCCCAACAAUACCUGCGACCCUUACUAUCUGGCACAUGAUGUGUCUGUCGUACAGGGUAUUAAGGGAUUGAAAAGCGGAGUAUUCUUCGACAACCUACAAGACUCGUUCCUCCAACUGGGCCAGUACAUUGCGUACGGCAAGGAGCCCGAUGAUAUCGAACAAAUGGAGAGACCCACCUACAACCAAGUGUAUGCCGACCUCACUACCACCUUCACUAUUCUCAUCGGAAUAUUCUUCCCUUCGGUCACUGGUAUAAUGGCUGGUUCCAAUCGUUCCGGUGACCUCGCGGACGCUCAGAAGAGCAUUCCUAUUGGUACCAUCUGCGCUAUCCUGACGACUUCCACCGUGUAUCUGUCCUGCGUACUACUGUUUGCUGGCACCGUUGAUAACCUACUGUUAAGAGACAAGUUCGGUCAAUCUAUCGGUGGUAAGCUAGUAGUAGCGAACAUGGCGUGGCCGAACCAGUGGGUGAUCCUGAUCGGGUCGUUCCUGUCGACCCUGGGAGCUGGGCUCCAGUCCCUCACCGGAGCCCCACGAUUACUGCAGGCCAUUGCCAAGGAUGAGAUCAUUCCGUUCUUGGCGCCUUUCGCCGUUUCCUCAAGCCGGGGUGAACCAACAAGGGCCCUGCUGCUAACAAUGGUGAUCUGCCAGUGCGGUAUUCUCCUGGGCAACGUCGACAUCCUCGCUCCCUUACUCUCCAUGUUCUUCCUCAUGUGUUACGGCUUCGUGAACCUCGCCUGCGCUCUUCAGACACUCCUCAAGACUCCCAACUGGAGACCUCGUUUCAAGUACUACCACUGGUCGCUGUCUUUGGCCGGUCUGACGCUGUGUAUCUCGAUUAUGUUCAUGACGUCAUGGUUCUACGCUCUCAUCGCGAUGGGUAUGGCUGGUCUCAUCUACAAGUACAUUGAAUAUCGCGGAGCGGAGAAGGAAUGGGGUGACGGCCUACGAGGUCUGGCUCUAUCCGCGGCGCGUUAUUCUCUGCUGCGUCUUGAACAAGGACCGCCUCACACCAAGAACUGGCGCCCACAAGUACUGGUGCUCGCCAAGCUGAACAAUGAACUGAUGCCUACUUAUAGGAAGAUGCUUGCCUUUGCCAGUCAACUGAAAGCUGGCAAGGGUCUGACGGUAUGCGUGUCGGUGCUGGGCGGCGACUUCCCGCGCCGCGCCGGCGACGCGUCGUCCGCGCGACAGAACCUGCGCAAGGUCAUGGACGAGGAGAAGGUCAAGGGCUUCGUGGAUGUGCUCGUCUCGCCCGACAUCGCUGAAGGACUUAGCCAUUUGGUCCAAACCACAGGUCUGGGUGGUCUAAAGCCCAACACGGUGAUAGUAGGCUGGCCGUACGGCUGGCGCCAGGCGGAGCGGUCGGCGCCGCGCUGGCAGCACUUCCUGCACACCGUGCGGGCGGUGGCUGCCGCGAGGAUGGCCAUGCUCGUGCCUAAGGGAAUUAAUUUCUUCCCUGAUUCUACUGAGAAGGUAUCCGGCAACAUCGACAUCUGGUGGAUCGUGCACGACGGCGGCAUGCUGAUGCUGCUGCCGUUCCUGCUGAAGCAGCACCGCACCUGGAAGAACUGCAAGAUGCGCAUCUUCACCGUCGCGCAAAUGGAAGACAACUCCAUACAGAUGAAGAAGGACCUCAAGAUGUUCCUGUACCAGCUCCGGCUUGAAGCUGAAGUUGAAGUCGUGGAAAUGACGGACAGCGAUAUCUCUGCCUACACUUACGAGCGAACCCUGAUGAUGGAACAACGCAACCAGAUGCUGCGCGAACUGCGGCUGAACAAGAAGGAAACCAUGGGCAUGAUGCAAAAUUUCGUGGAUUAUCGUGAAAACGCUGAGGAGAAGUUACCUUUGGUUCAAGCUAUUGUUGACCAUCACCACGCGGACGUGAAGACAGCCAGCAAGGUUCGGUUCGCGGAGCCCGGAGACGAAGCUCCGACCGACGCGCCAUCACCACCUCUAGCCGACACUGAUGAUAAAGAUAAAGAUGACAAGGACGACUUUCGAAGUAGUUUGUUGCACAUAAUCGAUUCAAUGUGGGACUCGCCCGAUGAACGGUCGCAGUGCGAGGACGCCAGCCCGCCGCCCGACGACAAGCACAAGGACGCCGCCAACGGGGACCUCGCCAAGCCCAAGCCCAACCUCGCAGACAUCACGCCUGACGAGGGCACGGUGCGGCGCAUGCACACGGCGGUGAAGCUGAACGAGGUGAUCGUGUCGCGCUCGCACGACGCGCAGCUCGUCAUCCUCAACCUGCCCGGCCCGCCCCGGGACACCAACAUCGACCGGGAGUCCAAUUACAUGGAGUUCCUGGAGGUGCUGACGGAGGGGCUGGAGAAGGUGCUGAUGGUGCGCGGCGGCGGACGCGAGGUCAUCACCAUCUACUCGUGAGCUGUGACCGCUUCACUCAUAUUCCUAGUAUUUUCUUACGAUCUUGUAUUCGGCAUCCGUUUUACUUGUAAAUGUUAGCUUAAUUCUACGAUACGUUUUGUUGAAUUUGCUGUUUAGAGUGACGUUGUUUUGAAAUUUAUUCACUGUUGUAUAGAUAUUUAUGGAUAUGAUAUGUAUCUAAUGAGGAGCCUUAUCUGUCGGACGUUAGCUCUAAGUUCGUUGUUUUGUUAUUGAAUAGAUUAGCUAAGAAUUACUUUAAGCACCCGAGUGGUCUCUUGUUUACCGACAUGCCAUAUAGUUUUAUUUUAUUGCGAAAGCGUUAGCUCUUAGAUGUUAAUUUGUAUCAUUUUUAUACAUAUUUUUAUUUUCUAUGGUUGUUAACACGACGUAGAUAUACUUUGUAAGAGUAUAUACUUUAACCAUAAAGAUUUUUAACUAUACAAAAAUAAUAUUUUGUAAAUAUUAUUCUGUUCUAAGGUUUUUACAUCUGCUCAACUUAAAACAUACCGUGGGACUGACGCUGGAAGUUAUAAACGAUCCGAACUUUACGCUAACUGGGUAGAUUUCGACUACUUUUCAUUUGAAGUCAUUUCUAGUCACUUUUUGAUAUUAGAUCAAUCUAAUACAUACACAAUUCGUUAUACCAAAAAGCCAUGAAGUCAUUAGUGGUCAACAAGGCGAACCCUCGAGUUUUUAUGGUGAGUAGAUCGAGCAGCAACUAGACCGCGCUCGGAGGGAUACCUAGGUAACUAUUAACUAUUCGUAAUUUAGUAUUAGCGUGAAGAUUUAAUAGUUAAAUGCGAUCCCCGUCGUAAUAAUUAACUUAGUGAAUAACUUGAAAACUUAUUGCGCACAUUCGCGUAGGUAGAUGAUUUCUUACUGUGAUCGUUUGAAUAAAGUUUUUAUUGUUUUAGUUUAACUUAAGUGGUAGCGGUAAUUACAUCCGGACUAUGCAGUAGUAGCCAGCCAUCAGCCGCGUUUUCAUAUUUGCUAUUCUAUUUAACGAGUUGCCUUAACUUGCUCGUGCUAUACUUUAAACAAACUCUGAUAAUUUCAAACCAAAUUUUCAAAAGCAAUACAAAUUGUACGAUGAUUGUCACCUGCUUACAAAGAGCGUGUUACUACAAAAGCAUGAAAACUAAGAACCCACCCGUACAACAACAAGGAACAAUUUCCAAUCAAAAAUUCAAAAUAACUGGAUUUCGUUCACCUAAAAAAAAUGCUUUGGCGUGAAUAUAUUAACUUCCAAAUACCAUCUGUAAGUAAACUAUUUACGAGCAUAGAAGCCAUCUCCGCGUAUAAAACUACGUAUGAAGAAAACUUGUCAAUUUUUCAUUUACCGUUACACCACAUUAGUUAAGGAACUAUUUCUUAUUCGUAUAAAGAGUGUUAGAUAACUGCCAAAUAGGAAUCGGUGUUGUAAAAUAUCCUAGUCCAUAAGUGAGCUACCAUCUACUCGGUAAUAAUAACGUCGUUUAUGAAAAUUGUAAACGUUUUACAGUUAUAAACAUUACUACAACACUUUGUAGACGAAAUAGUUAGAUGACUGUAUUGCCUUUCUUUCACAAAGUAAUCGACAUAAGGAGUUUACCAUCGGAUAGCAUUCCUUUAACGUUCAUUUCGAACUGUAACUGUUAUUUUUAAAAUUAUCAAUUAUUACCUAAAAUAAUGUCCUAAGAUUUUACGAUAGCAUCAACUCGAAUUUUGUACAAGAGUUGAUAUUUUUAAGAUUUCCUCAAAUAAAAAAUAGUUUAACCUUUUCAUAACUCGUACUCACAAAUACAAGUAACAUCAUGUAAUGUUCGCGCCCCUCCGCGUUACGAACAAAGUAGGAAUAAAUUCGAAGGCAUUUAAGUAUUCCUUUCUGUCAUGGUUGUAGAUGCCAUAAUAAUAAAUUAAGUACGUAGAUGUUAGUUAUUCUAUGAAUUCGACUGUCGACUAACCGUCUAUGAACUGCCUGAGUGCAAGCCCUGACCAUUCGGUCGCCUAGCAACCAGACACGUAGCCGCGGCCAUCCCUCUGUCUAUCAUUGAAGCAUAGCGAUAUUAUAACAAAAUUAAAUCACUUAAUAAGAUUAAGUAUAAAUCAUUCUAAAUUACUUAUAUUAAUAUAUACAUAUAUAUUUCAACAUUUGACAACUAUGGUGAUAAUACAUCGCUCAUUUUAAUUUUGUAUUUGUGUUCUCUAUCACGUAGUGAUAGGUAAUACACAGGUCAAAUGAAAUAGUGAUCACAUAUCUUCCUUUCACAUAGAAAAAAUAUAUCUACAUGAUAUUUAUGCCUAUUAAUAGGUAAUGGACGAUAAUUUAUUUAAAAAAUGGAUUUAUAUUGAAUUAUAUAUCGAAAUUAUUUAAAUUUAAAAUUAUAUACCUAGUAGGUAUUAUUACUAUCUAAGUCGAAUUUGUGAAAUUGGUAAAUUAUAACAACAUAAUUUGUGUUCUGUAAGAACAUAUGAUUGUAUUUUAAUGUAUUUUUAUUUUACAAAAUUGAUGAUUGUAUUAAAGGCUCAAUAAGCAUUCCAAAAUAAUUAAUAAUGUAAAGAUGUACACAACGCAUCACAAACGUUGGGCGUCUUGCAAAAAGACAGUAAGCCUGGGCAUACAUAUAGGUAUUUCUUGAAUCCCCAACAGGGGCCGGCGCUCCACACCUACUUACUUCAAUGUUACCUUCUCGAUAACAACAUUGUAGAUAGUUCCAAUUAUUAAGUAGGACACUAGUUAAUGUUUGAUGCCCACAAUAACGUCAUACAUAAUGUGCCAAACAUCAUUAUUUCAGUGAGUAAAUGACAAGGUGGCAAAUAUUUAGAGUAGGUCAUCCGACUUACAUUAUUAGAGUAACUACAAAAUCAUGUCUCAGUGAAGUAUCAGUAAUGUGUGUAAUACUUAUAAUAAAUAGCUUUCGGAGAUACAUUAUGUGUUAGAAAUAUCACGUUUACCAACAUAGUUGUAAUUCAACAACAUGCACAUACAUAGUGAACCUUCUCGGAAUAGAUUUAAAAUCGUGUUCGUAAUUUCAGUCGUUACAUUUUAGCUUUACUAAAAUAAAAUCAUUAAAUAUUAUUAAAUAAUUGUACAGUCGCCAACGUAUCGUCAGCCACAGGUAUGAUUGAAUACGCUGGUGAACGCGCUUGGCGAUUGGACUUGACAAGUAUCAAGUAAUUAUUGAUAUAAAACUAUAAAAUUACCUAUUUUAGAUUUUAGGCUGUGAGUCAGCGUAAACACAUUCUUUACAAUUUAAUAUUCAAGCUAGAGUUGCUGUGAUACACCAUUAUGGCUAUAAAAUUAUAGUGUAGUCAUUUCUGGCUAUAUGAAUUACAAUGGGAGAUAACGUGGAUGAACGUUCAACGCCAUAUUCUAUCUGUGAUUUCACUGAUGUGUAGAUGCACCUUAAUCCGCGUAACCUUACAAAUCCCUGAAGUCUCAUUCCCAUUCCCGACUUGAGUACGACUCGUAAAGUUUUGCCUCACGAUUUGUAAUCUGUAACUAUCUUAUUACAAAUCACAAAAUACAUAAUGAAAAUGUAACUAACAAGGCUGUCUCUACUUUGAAGAUAUUUUGAAAAUUGUAUUUUAUAAAGCCUAUGUCUAACAGCCAGAAAUGUAACUAGAUUGUCUAUUAUUGAAACAAAUCUAUUUGAAAACUAUUCUUGGUGUUGGAAAUAGAAAGCGACAAAGUUAGCCUACAUCAUGCUACAUCUCAAGAUAUUGAGCAAUAACGAAAGUAUAUAGAUAGUGAUCGCUGGGCGGUAUGCUAUUUAACUUAUAAAUAUUAUGUAUUUUGAUCUGGAACGAGUUUUUCAUAGAAAAAAUAUUUCGAAGUGUAAAAGUUGUUUAAGAAAUUAUUAAAAUAUUCAAAUAAUAAUUCUAGAGAGUUAGUCAGUGAGUAAUUAUAAGAAAAGAUGUUACGAGUAUAAUAAAAUAAAUAAUAAAAAAGA